UGUCAAUAUCUGUGGUCAAUAUGUAGUUGAUAAAUUGAGAAAGUGAUUUUCAUUUUUCAUUUACUCCUCCUUUUGUUCUUUUUAUUACGUUAAAUAAUUUAGUAGAAUUUUACUGUUUAUUAUCUCCUUAAAAGUAACAAAUUUAGGUAAUUUACUGUGAGUGUAUUAUUAGUAUUGAGGGUAACCGAAACGCGUGUGACACAAGGUCCGUUAAUCUGCAUUAUUAACAUAAAAAAGUCAACUAAAAAUGAACAAGAAAGAAUAUCAGAGAGACCCCAACAAUGUGGACGACUCGUCGGAAUCUGGUGACGAGAACCAAAACAAUUCCGAAUGUGUCCACAUUAACAAAGCACUCGACUUUACGAAAGUGCGAAAGUCCGUUACGAAAACGGGGCUCUUGUCCGAUUGCGAGAUGUGUAGCAAAUCGCCGGCAGAAAUCUCAGUAUUGUCAGAAUCGGAUUUCGAUUUUCAUCUUUGGAUGUGCUUAAAGUGUGGUAAUCAAGCCUGCGGAAGGUUCAAGAAUAAGCAUGCGUUAAAACAUUACGAGACUCCUCACUCUGAAAGUCACGCUCUGUGCGUCAAUACAACCACUUGGAAUGUGUGGUGCUAUGAAUGUUUUGAUUAUGUUAAUGCUUCAAGUAAAAAGAAAUUGUUAGAGGUUGUAGAGUAUUUAAAGAAUCAAGAGAAGACAAUGUAUCUAGACUCCAAUAAUGUGGACGACUCGUCGGAAUCUGGUGACGAGAACCAAAACAAUUCCAAAUGUGUUCACAUUAACAAAGCACUGGAUUUUACGGAAGUGCGAAAGUCUGUUACGAAAACGGGGCUCUUGUCCGAUUGCGAGAUUUGUAGCAAAUCACCGGCAGAAAUCUCAAUAUUGUCAGAAUCGGAUUUCGAUUUUCAUCUUUGGAUGUGCUUAAAGUGUGGUAAUCAAGCCUGCGGAAGGUUCAAGAAUAGGCAUGCUUUAAAACAUUACGAGACUCCUUAUUCUGAAAGUCACGCUGUGUGCGUCAAUACAACCACUUGGAAUGUGUGGUGCUAUGAAUGUUGUGAUUAUGUUAAUGCUUCAAGUGAAAAGGAAUUGUUAGAGGUUGUACAGUAUUUAAAGAAACAAGAGAAAACAAUGGAUAGUCAGCAAGCAUUUCUAAUUAAUCAGUCGGAACCAGACUUGAAAGAUGUUAUUAGAAUUGUUGACGAAUUUGAAACGCAAUUGGAAGACCUGCGCAGUCAAGUUAAUCACCUCAAAGCAUGUAAUAAUCGAUUAAGAGAGGGACAGUCUUUUGAACCACUAUUAAAAGAGUUACACGAGCGCGAGAGGAAGAAAGCAAAUUUUAUUAUAUUUGGAAUAGACGAUCGUAAUAGCGAAGAUCGCCCUGAAGAUGAUAAGAAGACGGCCCAGGAAAUUAUCAAACUUUCGCACCAGGGUUCCUUUGUUGAUACAAGCACCAUUAGGGUGCACCGUCUUGGAAAGUAUUUUCACGGAAAAAAUCGUCCGUUGAGAGUGAUCUGUAGCUCACCUGAUGUAGCCUCUAAAGUCCUUCACAAUACAAGAUCGAUAACAAUCUACAAAAAGUAUGAAAGCAUAUCAGUGCGAUCUGAUAAGACUUAUGCUCAACUAGAAGAAUUUAGAAAGGUGAAGCAGGAACUUGAUUUUCGCCUGGAUGCUGGAGAAACGAACCUGAAAAUAAUACAUAGAGACGGAUUUCCAUCCAUUGUUACUGCAAAACCAAACCAUUUGAACUAAGUUAUUAUUAUUUCCAUUUUUUAUAUUAAGUUUGAUAUACAUAUUCUAUUAUAAAUAAGUUUGAUAUACAUAAUACAGGGGUCGGCAUAAGUCAGGCAACACACUUGUAUCGGUUAUUCAUUCUGAAAACGCGUCUAUUCGACGAGCAAGUGUUAUCUUACAUAUUAUUAUGACACAGACACAUUAACUGUCUGAUGCACGAACAUGCUUAGUGGCAAUCUUUUUCGACAGCGUUGCCAGACUUAUGAGUGUUGCCGGACAUAUGCCGAUUUUUCGAGAGCGUGGCCUGACUUAUGCCGAUCCCUGUAUAUAUUAUACCUAUAUACAGGGAGGCGCACCUCAUUCGCCUCGGUUGAUUAUACGAAAAUGGAAAGAUGUAGAAACAAAUUUUUUUAUGGGUAUAUGUAGAGAGGCA